GAGCGGGCGGCGCCGGCGUGAGGCGGACUCGGCUGCUGGCUGCGGCGCAGGCCGGGCGAGGCCGUGUUUCGCUGUUGGCUGGUGAAGAAUGGGGGAAAUAGAAGGGACUUACCGAGUCCUGCAGACCACAGGGACACGCCUGGGUGCCCAGAGCCCCGCCGGAGUCAGCACCCUGGAGCCUGGGCAGGCCCUCUCUCCCAGAGCGCAGGAGAAGCACCUGCACAUCAGAGUGAAGCUGCUGGACAACACCGUGGAAGUCUUUGACAUUGAGCCUAAAUGGGACGGCCAGGUAUUACUGACACAAGUUUGGACGCGUUUGAAUCUGUUAGAAUGUGACUACUUCGGACUGGAGUUUCAAAGCAUGCAGUCCUACUGGAUUUGGCUUGAACCUAUGAAACCCGUCAUCAGGCAAAUACGAAGGCCAAAGAAUGCAAUGCUUCGCCUAGCUGUAAAAUUUUUCCCACCUGAUCCUGGUCAGUUGCAGGAAGAAUAUACAAGAUACUUGUUUGCCUUGCAACUUAAGAGAGACCUGCUGGAGGAGCGUCUGACCUGCGCCAGCACCACCGCGGCCCUCCUCACGUCCCAUCUUCUGCAGUCGGAAAUAGGAGAUUAUGAUGAAACCCUGGAUCGAGAGCACCUCAAAGCCAAUGAGUAUCUGCCCAGCCAGGAGCACUGUCUCGAGAAGAUACUGGAAUUUCAUCGGAAGCACAUGGGCCAGACGCCUGCUGAGUCAGAUUUCCAGGUGCUUGAAAUUGCUCGAAAGUUGGAAAUGUACGGCAUCAGAUUUCACACGGCUUCUGACAGAGAAGGAACCAAGAUUAACCUGGCAGUUUCCCACAUGGGUGUCCUCGUGUUCCAGGGCACCACCAAAAUCAACACUUUCAACUGGUCUAAGGUCCGUAAACUAAGCUUUAAGAGGAAACGGUUUCUUAUCAAACUCCAUCCAGAGGUUCAUGGACCUUACCAGGACACAUUAGAAUUUUUGUUGGGUAGUAGAGAUGAAUGUAAGAACUUCUGGAAGAUUUGUGUGGAGUAUCACACCUUUUUUAGACUUUUUGAUCAACCUAAGCCAAAAGCGAAAGCCGUCUUCUUCAGCCGGGGCUCCUCCUUCAGAUACAGUGGAAGAACUCAGAAACAGCUAGUAGAUUAUUUCAAAGACGGUGGAAUGAAGAGAAUUCCAUAUGAAAGAAGGCACAGCAGGACCCAGAUGUCUGUCCGUGCGCUGACUGCAGCUGUGCCAAAACAGAGCAUCCCAUUCAUGGAAGGAUUGAGGACUUCUGCCUCCCCAUCUUCAGCAAAUGCCUCCUUUUACCCGCUGCCUACCUCCCCUUUGACUCCCUCCAGCCUGCCUGAUUUCAAGGACAGCAGCAGCUCCCUUACAGACCCCCAGGUUUCCUACAUCAAGAGUCCAGCUGCGGAGAGGAGCAGCGGAGCAGUGGCCAGAGGCCCCAACGUGCAGCCGGCCCAGUCCCCUGGGCCCCUCGCACUCCAGCCUGGUUCAGGCCUUUCCGUGGAUAGUCCUCAGCCUUCUCCCUCCAGCCAGAAGAGCCCCCUGAGCCUGAGCCCUGCGCUCCAGGUGACUCUGGGCCCAGCCGAGCAGGGCCCAUCCCCCCUCCUGAGCCCUGUCCUCAGCGAUGCUGGCGGAGCCAGGAUGGACGACGAGGACGAGCCGAAACCCAAGCGCACGCCUGCCGACGAGGCCUAUUUCAUAGCAAAGGAGAUUCUUGCUACAGAGCGAACAUACCUGAAAGAUUUAGAAGUUAUUACUGUGUGGUUCCGCAGCGCAGUGGUCAAGGAGGACGCCAUGCCUGCAGCGCUGAUGAGCCUGCUCUUCUCCAACAUCGAUCCCAUCUAUGAGUUCCACAGAGGCUUCCUGCGUGAGGUGGAGCAGAGGCUGGCACUCUGGGAAGGGCCCUCCAAUGCCCACACCAAAGGUGGUCAUCAACGAAUCGGGGACAUCCUGCUCAGGAACAUGCGACAGUUAAAGGAGUUUACCAGCUAUUUCCAAAGACAUGACGAGGUCCUGACAGAACUGGAAAAGGCCACCAAACGCUUUAAGAAGCUGGAGGCGGUGUACAAAGAGUUUGAGCUCCAGAAGGUUUGCUACCUGCCGCUCAACACAUUCCUGCUGAAGCCCAUCCAGCGGCUGGUGCACUACCGCCUGCUGCUGAGCCGGCUGUGCGGGUCCUACGCCCCCGGGCACCACGACUAUGCCGACUGCCACGACGCCCUGAAGGCCAUCACAGAAGUGACCGCCACGCUGCAGAACAGCCUGGUGCGGCUGGAGAACCUCCAGAAGCUGACGGAGCUGCAGCGGGACCUGGUGGGCGUGGACAGUCUCAUCACUCCCGGCAGGGAGUUCAUCCGGGAGGGCUGCCUGCACAAGCUCACCAAGAAGGGCCUGCAGCAGAGGAUGUUCUUUCUGUUCUCAGACAUGCUGCUCUACACCAGCAGAGGCGUCGCGGGGACUAGCCACUUCCGGAUCCGGGGCCUCCUCCCGCUCCGAGGCAUGCUGGUGGAGGAAAGCGAGAACGAGUGGUCCGUGCCCCACUGCUUCACCAUCUACGCGGCGCAGAAAACAAUCGUGGUGGCGGCCAGCACUCGGCUGGAAAAGGAGAAGUGGAUGCUCGACUUGAACGCCGCGAUCCAAGCCGCCAAGGGCAGUGGCGACACAUCCCCCUCUCUGCCAGGCGGCACCGUGUGUGCCCACACCCCCGGACGCCCCGACGAGGCUGCUCUGGAGCAGGAGUCGGAAGAAGAUGCCCGGGGCCCCUGCAGCUCCCUGGAGGGGCAGCAGCACCGGGCCAACACCACCAUGCACGUGUGCUGGUACCGCAACACCAGCGUGUCCAGAGCUGACCACAGCGCGGCUGUCGAGAACCAGCUUUCAGGAUACCUGCUGAGAAAGUUCAAGAACAGCAACGGCUGGCAGAAGCUCUGGGUGGUCUUCACCAACUUCUGUUUGUUCUUCUACAAAACUCACCAGGACGACUACCCGCUGGCCAGCCUCCCGCUGCUGGGCUACAGCGUGAGCGUCCCGAGGGAGGCCGACGGCAUCCACAAGGACCACGUCUUCAAGCUCCAGUUCAAGUCCCAUGUCUACUUCUUCCGGGCCGAGAGCAAGUACACGUUCGAGAGGUGGGUGGAGGUGAUCGAGAAGGCCAGCAGCUCCCCUGGGAGGCCCCCGAGCCUCGCCCGGGAGUGCGCGCAACGCUCCUCCAGCCCACAGGGGCCAUCAGGGGGAUGGAAGAACGAAGCUCAUCCUACCGAGGACACGCCGCAGAAUCUCGGGGUGUGAGGUGGCCAAGGAACCGAGUCCUCCCAGAGGACAGGAGGCAGCUGCGGCCUCACCCUGUCGGGUCCGCGACAGUGCAGGUGGGCCUCACAGUGACACUGGGGGGGCUCUGUCCCUCCCAAGAGCCAGUACAGGCCCACAGGCCUCAGGACACCGGGAAGGACGUGCAGGUCUCAAACUUGGCGCUGUGGGUGUCAGACCACGCCCAGGCUCGCCCCGUCCUCCCCUCCCCAGAGCAGGGCCCUGCUGGGGAUGGGCCUGGAACAAGCUUGGGGCGGGCGGCUCCACAUCCCCACCUUCUGUCCCGGGAGGGCCGAGGGCCCGUCUGUCUGGAUGACCAAAUGGCAGUGCCCGGGGCCUGGCCUGUGGGUCACCGCUGAGCGAGAGUCUGGGCGGGGGGAGAGGUCCCUGUAUUUAUUGUCCCCACGUUCCUUCCAACGGGAAGCAGACAUACAACCCCUUUGUUCACGCGUGUCUGGUUAAAAAUAAACCGCAUCGCCCCACCCACCUGUGUGCUCUUCUCUGCCUGUGACGCGGACUCG